CCCUGCCUUCCUGUCUUCACCAUCUUCCUCUCCUCCAGCACACAUACAUACAUCAUCACCACACCCCAGAGUCUGUCUCUACCUCACUCCCUUCCCCAGCGUAGGCGAGCUCGCGUCACGCGAUCUUGCUCGUAUACGGCGCCGGUGGCUUCUUAUUCCCUUCAGUCGCGCGCGUGUGCAGCAAAAGCCUCUCGCUCUCUUCGCCUUGGCUAGCUGCGAGUGACGACCGAGCAAGGAUGGGGAGGCCGCCGUGCUGCGACAAGGAGGGCGUCAAGAAGGGACCCUGGACGCCGGAGGAGGACCUCGUGCUCGUCUCCUAUAUCCAGGAGCACGGCCCCGGCAACUGGCGCGCCGUCCCCACUCGCACCGGCCUGAUGCGCUGCAGCAAGAGCUGCCGCCUGCGCUGGACCAACUACCUGCGCCCGGGGAUCAAGCGCGGCAACUUCAGCGACCAGGAGGAGAAGCUCAUCGUCCACCUCCAGGCGCUGCUCGGCAACCGCUGGGCCGCCAUCGCAUCAUACCUCCCCGAGCGCACCGACAACGACAUCAAGAACUACUGGAACACCCACCUCAAGCGCAAGCUGCAGGCCGCCGCCGCCGGGGGCGACGCGGCCGGCAAGCCCGUCUCGCAGAGGCCGUCCUCCUCCUCAAAGGGCCAGUGGGAGCGCCGCCUGCAGACCGACAUCAACAUGGCGCGCCGCGCGCUGCGCGAGGCGCUCACCUCGCUCGACGGCAUCAACACGCCGCCCAAGGACGCGGCCGCCGACGGCGUCGCUGCGGCUGCCGCCGACAGCGACAGCCCCGCGGUGUCCAGCUCCUCGGGCGGGUCGCUCUCGCUGUCGCAGUGCUCACCCUCCGCGUCCGGGCCGUACGUCCUCACCACCGCCAACAUCUCCCGGAUGCUCGACGGCUGGACCAGCAAGGCCAGCGGCCCGGCCACCCCAGGCGGAGCGGCCGACAGCCCCUCCGGCUCCUCGGCGUCCGAUGUAUCCUACGGCGGCGGCUUGACCGCCACCCGCGUGCUCCGGGCCGCCUUCGACUACGAGAGGAAGCCGGCCGUGCUGGCGCCGGCGCAGACGCCGCUCAGCGAGUUCGAGACGUGGCUCCUCGACGACGACAACAACAACGGCCACGGCGUCCCCGCCAUGGUUUACCCUUUCUAGCUAGCUCCAGCGUGCCAGGUUAAGAUCGAUGGGUACUGUCCUAGCUAGCCUGCGUUACUAGCUCAAGUGAGGAGUGUCUUUACUGCAUGCCCACCUAACGAAAACUACACAGAUCCUCUAGUAUCUCGGUGGCUGAUUAAACUGUUAGCCACCUUGAUCUCGUGUUUACUUAGGAUCUGCAUAGUUUUCAUUUAGGUUAAACAAAGGGAGAUUGUAGCGUUCCUGUAGUACUCCAUGUUAUCUACUUGCUGUCACUCAGACUUGAUCAAUAAUAUGUUCAUGGGUUUUGUA